GACCAUUCCUUCAUGGCAUUCACGGACCAACCCUGGUAGCCGAGCACCCUAACUCGAAAUCGGAUAAGAUAACAGCCCUCUUCCUUUGAUUGGCCCAAGCAUCUCAACUCCAAUCUUGCCUGCCCAGUUCUCAGGAAAAGGGAUCUCCAACCUCCUGCCCCGCCGCCCCGUUUCCUAUGAUUAUACUUGUACGACUGACACAAAAACACUGCCCGCUCUAUCAAUUAUGAUCAGUCCAGCGGCUCUCCUCCUUGCAGGUGCAGGGUCAUUAUCUCUUCGAGAAGCCUUGUCUGGGAUUAUGGGAUCCAUUUCACUGGUGUCAUGGAUCUUUCUUUUGGUAAGUAUCGGCAAGACUCAAUUGGUUCGGGUUCUGAAUGCCCCCCCCCAUCUCUUGAACACUCAGGAGUUUACUCUACGUGCUCAUGAAGCUUCUGUGCUAAUACUCUUCUGGCUUCAGGUACCACAAGUUAUCGAAAAUUACAGGAACGGCAGUGCUGAAGGACUUUCUCUCGCAUUUAUUGCCAUAUGGAUUCUCGGAGAUAUUGCUAAUUUGAUUGGUAAAAAUCCCACUGAUUCCUCGUGGCUCUACACCCCUAUAUUUUUAGAUAGCGAUGUUUCCCCUACAGCUAGCUGACAUCGCCUGCCCUGUAUUUUCAGGUGCCUUAUGGGGCCAUCUGCUUUCCACGGUGAUCGCUCUCGCAAUCUAUUUCUGUGUGUCAGAUGCGAUUCUACUUUCCCAGACAGUAUACUACAAUCACGUCACCGGGGUUCUUGCUGCUAGCCGUGAGCGCACACAAAGUUCUGUUCCUGCGGAUCUCCAAGAUCCGGCCCGACCACUGCUCUCCCGUCCCCGUCGCAAGAGCUCAGGUGCUAAGUCACGUCAUCGGAGGUCUAGCGCAAGACGCCCGGACUCUCUAUCAGCUAUCCUCGAGAAAGGAACGAGUGCCAGAAUGGCUGUUUUGAGGAAUAUCUUGGCUAUAGUGGGCAUCUGCUUUGCGGGGGCAUUGGGUUGGUUCGUCGCCUGGAGGAGUGGUGCGUGGUCUGCCACCAACAGGAGUGAUGAUGACCAAGAAAUGCCACGAGGUGCUGAGAUGCUGGGAUACCUCAGCGCUUUACUAUAUCUCGGGUAAGUGUACACUUAUCAAUGGAGGUUUCCCUUCUAACAUCUCUUACAGUGCCCGGAUUCCCCAGAUAAUUAGGAAUUACCAUAACAGAUCAUGUGGUGGUCCGUGUUUGGGUCUUACAAUCCCUUAGUCACAACACUAAUGGUUUGAUGAAGGACUCUCGUUGCUCUUUUUCCUACUCUCUCUUCUGGGAAAUCUUGCUUAUGGGGCAGGGGUAUGGUUGCCCGUUUGUGUCUCAAGGAUUCAAUUUUGCUCACCGCUUCUUAGAUACUAUGCCAUUCUAGCGAUUCUGCAUACAUCAGGGAUAACCUUCCGUGGCUACUUGGGAGUUUUGGAACAAUGUCCCAGGAUGUCAUUGUAAGAGACCCCUUUUCCGCCACCAGAUAUUACUUUCUGACAGGCGCAGAUUUUCAUACAAUUUCAUAUCUAUUCGGGAAAUUCCAGGGAAACUCCUGAAGUCGAUUCGGCAGUGGUAUAGGAUGAAAACUAAUUAUUGGAAUGCCCUAGUGCUGUUAAGAGGCCUGACACUUGUACCUUCUUCGUCCCAGGAUGCCUUUCGUUGGCCUUUCUUUGGUCCGUCAACGUACAGUACCGACACCGACUUUCUUCAGAACAUUUGGACAAUGCACCAUUUUCACUUUUUUAUUUUAUUUAUAAACCUUUCCGUUGAUGGGAAUUGUCUCGGGGACACGAAGGAUUGAAUAUUGUAUGAUAUCAUUACCAUUAAAUUUAGAGAG